AUGAUCCACGGGCUAUGCGAGAUGGGGUGGUUAGGGAGCGCGAGGAAGCUGUGGUUUGAGAUGAUAGAAGAGAAAGGGAUGCGGCCUAACGAGUUCACUUACAGUAUGAUGGGUACAUGCGCACUCUACGGUGAGAUGAUUAAGAAUGGGUAUGGAGAAACAACGGUUAGUUGUAAUACGAUGAUCACGGGGUUGUGCUCAUAUGGGAGAGCAGACCAGGUGUUUGAGGUUUUUACGAGGAUGUCUGAAAUAGAAGUGGCACGGGAUGCAAUUACGUAUAACGCUUUGGUUCAAGGGUUUUGCAAGGAGAGUAAAGUUGAGAGAGGGAUUAGUCUUCCCUUUUGCCUCACAUUCCAUCUUACAAAUUUUGGGUUUUGA